UGUUGGCAGUGAGAUUGGGAAGGGCCCUUAAGGUAGCUUGAGUCACAACUUCAUCUUCAAGAAUCCUAUCCCCUUCCCUAGAAUUGGAGAGACCAUGGGAAAAGCCAAGAAAGAAGAGGAGGCUGUGUUCUUGAGGAAAAAGAUCACUCUGCUGAGAGCUUUUUCACUCCUUAUUGGCAGCAUGGUGGGCAGUGGCAUCUUUAUCUCCCCAAAAGGGGUGUUGAGAAACACUGGCAACGUGGGUCUCUCCUUGAUUGUCUGGUUUGCCUGUGGGAUUCUCUCUCUGUUUGGUGCCUUGUGUUAUGCAGAACUUGGAACAAGAAUCACCAAGUCUGGAGGACAUUACAUCUAUAUUCUGGAGACACUGGGACCUUUGCCAAGUUUUUUAUUUCUUUGGGCUGAGUACUUUGCUAUCAGGCCAGCGAACAGUGCAGUGGUUUCUUUGGCAUUUGGACGCUAUAUAUUGGAGCCAUUUUUUGCACCUUGUGCAGCUCCUCUUCCUGCGGUGAAGCUUGUGGCUCUUCUGGGGUACUAUAUAGUCCUUAUCCUGAACUCUUGGAGUGUCAGCUGGAGUGCCCGGCUUCAGACUUUCCUGUCUGUCAUCAAGCUUGCGGCUCUCGCGCUCAUCAUUGUGCCAGGGAUGAUGCUUCUGGCUCAGGGCCACACUGAAAAUUUCCAGGAUGCUUUCAACAGUCAAUCACUGGCUUUGGACAAGCUGCCCUUGGCUUUUUAUGCAGGGAUGUUUGCGUAUUCGGGCUGGUUUCAGGCUAGCUUUGUGCGGGAAGAACUUGUCCGACCUGAACGAAAUAUCCCGCUGGCAGUGAUCGUGUCUGUGAUUACUGUAAUUGUAGGAUAUAUGUUCACCAAUGUUUCCUAUUAUACAGUCCUGACAGCAGAGGAUGUCCUGGCCUCCCAGGCUGUGGCUGUAGGUUUUGCACAACAUGCUUUCCAAAGACUUAUCUCGGUGGUUCCCAUCCUGGUUGCUUUGUCCUGCUUUGGCACCAUGAACGGAGCGAUCUUUACGUUUUCCAGGACACUGUUUGUGGCUUCCAGGGAGGGUCAGUGGCCUCCCCUCUUCUCGAUGAUCCACAUUCGAAGACACACCCCUCUUCCAGCUGUUAUGUUAAUGUUCCCUCUGGUUACUGCUAUGGUGUGUGUUGGAGAUAUCUACCACCUACUGAACUUCUUCAGCUUUUCCCGAUGGCUCUUCAUAGGGCUAGCCACACUUGGGCUCAUCAUCCAUCGCUACCGUCACCCUGAGCUGCCCAGGCCCUUCAAGGUUCCCCUCUUUGUUCCAGUCUCCUUCACCACCAUCUGCCUCUUCACGGUGGGAAUGUCUUUCUACUCAGACCCUGUCAGUAUCAGCAUUGGUUGUGCCAUGGUUUUGAGCGGUUUUCCAGUCUACUAUUUGGUGGUCCGCAGGCCAAUGCCAAAGUGUUGCCAUGACCUGUUCUAUUAUCUGACAUUCAAACUUCAGGUGCUGCUGGAAGUCAUCAAGCAGGAAAUCAGAACUUACUGAGAAGAACAACCUGCCUUGCUGGAGAUUGUAUACACUACAGUGCGUUGUUCAGUAGAAUUUGCAAGUCCCAUUUCUCAAACUUUAGAUUUAAGAGGAGGCAUUCUUCAUGUUUUAGUCACUGAAGUACAACUAAGUGAUCUUCAAUUAAAGGAGCACCAAAACUUGGUAACUGGCAUCUAGACCUCAUUCCUUUUAAGACCAUUGGUGCUGCAGAACAAGCAGGAAUAAAUACUAGAAUCUUUUGUCACUUAAAUUAGGAAGCUGACUUGGAAGGUCCGAGUAGGAAGAUGUGAUUUUUAUAGAGCUGCUUUGCAGAGAAGAAUUGCAUUUUAAACUAAUCUUGAACUGAAGUUUUUGAGUCAAGACCUGGUCUUUUAAGAAACAGUGAGAAUGGUGGAGCACUUGAAAAUAUAUUUUAAAUGCAAGCUUGCACAUAGGCUUUGAAUGAGGGCUACAUGCUCAUUUUAAGUAUUUUUUCUUACUAACAUUUAGCAAUUUUAGAGCAAAAUGAAUGUAGCAUUUGCAGAACAAUGUACUCCACUCAAACCCUAGGAAAUGUAUUAGCAAGACUUUUAAAUAAAGAAA